UUACAAAAUUUUCUUUUCAAAGCUACAGCCCCUGAUCUUUUACAAUAAACAAACUUCCAUCUCCAAGCAACUGAUCUCUUAGCAACAAGAAGCACCUGCAUAAAAGAUGCUACAGGGAGUGAUCACCAGACAACCUAUCCAGACCUGUGAGAGGAGCACAUCAGGAGCCAGGACAGCACUCUCCUCCAGCAGAAACCCGCAAGUGACACGAAGACACAGCAAAGCAGAACCUCUUUGAAGAGAUGGUCCUGGAGACCCUGAACCCAAUGCACUUCAACAUCACCAGCCUGGUACCAGACACGAUGCCCGUGGCCACCGUGCCCAUACUCAUCCUCAUGUGCUUUCUCUUCCUCGUAUGGAAUCAUGAAGAGACUUCAUCAGUACCAGGGCCAGGAUACUGCAUGGGAAUUGGCCCCCUCAUCUCUCAUGGCAGAUUUCUCUGGAUGGGAGUAGGGAAUGCCUGCAACUACUACAACAAGACAUACGGAGAAUUUGUGAGGGUUUGGAUCGGCGGUGAAGAAACAUUUAUAAUUAGCAAAUCCUCCAGCGUGUUCCAUGUAAUGAAGCACUGGCAUUACGUGUCUCGGUUUGGGAGCAAGCUUGGAUUGCAGUGCAUUGGCAUGUACGAGAAUGGGAUCAUAUUUAACAACAACCCAGCUCACUGGAAAGAAAUUCGACCCUUUUUCACCAAAGCUCUGUCUGGCCCCGGGCUGGUGCGGAUGAUCGCGAUCUGCGUGGAGUCAACCAUCGAGCACCUGGAGCAGCUGCAGGAGGAAACCACGGAGCUGGGCAACAUCAACGUGCUCAACCUCAUGAGGAGGAUCAUGCUCGACACUUCCAACAAGCUCUUCCUUGGGGUUCCUCUGGAUGAAAAUGCCAUUGUGCUUAAGAUUCAAAACUACUUUGAUGCCUGGCAAGCCCUUUUAUUAAAGCCUGACAUAUUUUUUAAGAUUUCUUGGCUGUGCAAGAAGUACAAAGACGCAGUCAAGGAUCUUAAAGGAGCAAUGGAAACUUUAAUAGAACAGAAGCGACAAAAGCUUUCCACUGUGGAAAAGUUGGAUGAACACAUGGAUUUUGCAUCCCAGUUGAUUUUUGCACAGAACAGAGGGGAUCUGACUGCUGAGAAUGUGAACCAGUGUGUGCUGGAGAUGAUGAUUGCUGCUCCUGACACUCUGUCUGUGACUCUCUUCUUUAUGCUAAUCCUGAUUGCAGAGCACCCCACAGUGGAAGAGGAGAUGAUGAGAGAAAUUGAAACUGUUGUGGGCGACAGAGACAUCCAAAGUGAUGACAUGCCAAACUUAAAAACUGUAGAGAAUUUUAUUUAUGAGAGCAUGAGAUACCAGCCAGUGGUGGACCUGAUCAUGAGGAAAGCACUGCAGGACGAUGUCAUUGAUGGCUACCCCGUGAAGAAGGGCACCAACAUCAUCCUCAACAUCGGCCGCAUGCACAAACUCGAAUUCUUCCCAAAGCCAAACGAGUUCUCUCUUGAAAAUUUUGAGAAAAAUGUCCCCUCCCGCUAUUUCCAGCCCUUUGGGUUCGGCCCCCGGAGCUGCGUGGGGAAGUUCAUUGCCAUGGUCAUGAUGAAGGCAAUCCUGGUGACUCUCCUGAGGCGCUGCAGAGUGCAGACAGUGAAAGGAAGAGGCCUGAACAACAUCCAGAAAAACAAUGACUUAUCCAUGCACCCCAUAGAGAGGCAGCCUCUGCUGGAGAUGGUUUUCACACCCAGAAGAAACGCAGACGAGAGUCAGGGUGAUAGCAUGGAUCAGCACUAAAGUUACAGGAUUUUCUCAACCUCUAAGAAAUAGUCAUCAUUCCUAGUUAAAUACAGAAAGUAAAAUGUUUUGUUGCCCCUAAAUGACUUCAGGUGACACCUUGUUCUGCCUGUGCAGCAGAACCAAAGGCCAGAAUUGCAAAGACUGAAAGUACAGAAUAAUUUUGUUGUAGAUGAAGCCAUGCUAUACAAUUCCUGAUUACAUUUCAAAACCAUAGAGUUUAGACAAAGUUACGCCUUCCCUUUCAAACACUGCCAGUUCAGAGGUUUGAGGGUCAACAAACCAACAUCCCUGAUGUGUGCUUAAUUCCCUUUCCCCCACCUCCCUGAAGCUGGACCUAGCAAUAUUUGACCACAGCAAAAACGCUAUCUGUUUCCAAAAUAGCUGAAUGAAUAAUAUUAGUUCAUUUCAAGACUAGGAAACAACUUAAAGUAUUCAAGAUGUCUAUAAGUUGUAAAGAAAUGUUUGAACAAGUCACUCAAACAUUCUCCUUUACCAUGUUUUGCCGUCCUGUUGAACAGAUACCAAAGAUUUACAGUGUCACACAGAUUUUACCAAUAGCAGUAACUUGCAGAGUACUAGGUAAUAAUGGUAGUUGAGAUAACAGUUCUAUGCUUUUAAAACCCAGUAUCCUGCUGCAGGGGAUCUGUAAAUAUCUUAGUUAAAGCUAGGUGAGAAUGAGGUGAUGAGCACCAAACUUCAUCACCAGCCCACAUGGGUGGGGUGACUUUCAGCCCCACCUCCUCAUCUGAUUGAUUAUAGAAAUUUCCCACCUCCCGUCAUCUUGAGUGAAGGUGGUCAAAUUCCCUCUAAGGUGUGCCAAAUCCCUUUUUGACCUGGUUUUAGUUGCUCAUUUCCUCUUCAGAGAGUAAGAUUGGGAGUUGUUGCUGAUGUUCCCACACCAGAGCAGGAGGCAGUGUCCCUCCCUAAUGAUCCAAACAACUCCUGGUGCUCCUUCUGUAGGAGCUCUGGGCUGUGUCCUGCUCUCUCUCUUGCUCCAUGCCCACUGAUGUGCAGAGGUUCUGAGCUUAUAAACACUCUCACAAGAGGCAAAUUUCGCUGGGGAAGUGCCCAGAGUUUGGUAGUGACAAAGGAGAGAAGUUCUGAACUAACAAGCACAUUUCUAGGAAAUGUUCUUCAAGGCAUUUUGCAUACACAGGUUUUUAUUUUAACUAUAAUCCAGGCUGGGGUUUAUACUUAAUCCCCAACAGGAAAAACUACUCAACCUUUCUGUUCAGAAUUGACCCAUCUUGAAAUUUGUACAGUCUGGACAUUGAUAUCUUUAGUAGCCUAAUGAGGAGCUGCCAGCUUGGUCAAGAAGAAAAAGAUCUUCCUGGCCAAAUGACAACAUUCCUUGACAGAGACUUUCCAUUUUCAUUAAGCUUGAGUUUUCAUACUGUGUAACACAAAGAAAGGGAUUUUCCAGAUAAAGUGCCUUGAUUAAGACAACCAACCAAUGUACAGUGGGCUUUAUAUUAACCUUUUCCUUCCAAGUCAUUUAAACUAUAAUAGAAGGCAAGGGAAAAAAAAGGGAAAAAAGAGAAAAAUGUGUCUUCACUUUGAAAAUAUAAAUAAAAUUAAUUAAUCUAUUUCUUCUGACCACUGAUCUCAGGCACAAGUCCAGAAGAGAAGGAUCUAUCCAGUAGCACAGAAAAACUGCAGAGACCCAACAAAUAACCAUGUGCCCCACCCAAAGGUAAUGAAUUAAACUGGGAAUGGUGGCAAAGAAGAGGAGCUGCCCAUUUAGGGUAAUUCUCAAAACAAUAUACAAAUUUUGUACAGUCAUUUAAAAAAAUCAAACUUGAAAGCAUUUAUUGAAGAAUUUAUUGCAGCUAGGUUACUUUUAAAACUUUGUCCAUAACCUUUGCAUUAAACCAAAAAUUACAACAGCAAGUGCAAUCCUGUACCCACCUGUAUAUGCAGACAAAACUGGGCAGUCUAAGACAAAAAUAAACAGAAUUUAAUGGUAAGACUCAAUGGUCUUUUCUAAAGUAAAAGGUUCCAUGUUUCCUAGGACUUCUAUUUUUUAGGUCAUGAAGUGCCACAGAGGUAUGAAUCUGUGUAAUAUCUAAUGUGACCUCUGUUUCUACAUUCUUUGUACCCUUUAAACUAGGAAAUUGAUAAAGCAUUUGGGAGAAGAACAAACAAACGCAACAAUGUUUAAAACCUUUUUACUCUAUCUGCAUCAUAAAACACUUCAGGGUACUUCAGUGAGCAUGUAUUUCUUAUUUGCAUUAGAACUUUGAAAAGAAAUCCACUGAAGGCUGUUUUUCUUGAGAAUAAACUAUUUUAUACACAGGAUACAUAUCUUUGCUUAUUUCACACACAAAACCAAUUUUGUAGUGAUAAUUUACUGUCUGAUUUUCCCACCUCACAAUUAUAGGCCUCCUCCAAGUAAAAUUUUUUACAUGCAUGAAGUUAAUAAAUUAUCAUUCAAAUUUUGAAGUAAUUUUAUGAAAUCAAAUAGAUGGGAAAUGCAUGCUGCUCUGAUUUCUUGAAUGUAUUCUAUAUUGUUGAAUUUGUAGGCAGGAACUUCAGAAAAAUUAUUACCAUAAUUAUUUUUUGGUCCAAAUAAAGAAGUACCAUUUUUUACUUUUUCUCAGCAAGACAGGGUUAUUUCCCAUUGUGUCUGAUAUGUUUUGAACAGAGCAUUCCUGGUCCUGUGGUUUCUACAGGAUUUACUUUGGUCCCCAUUUGGACAGCAGAGCUGUGAUGAAUCUGAGCUCAGCUCAUCUGAGUGCUGCUCGCCCUGGCUCUGCUGGGGCUGCUCCUCAGUGCUCUGUUUGCACGGAUAUUUGUUUGGAUAUUUGUUUGGAUAUUUGCACUGCCAGCUCCACUCCCCAUCCCACAAUCUCACCCUGCUCGAGAGCUGCAGCUGGGGCAGCAGAGCUUCAGAACUUGCCAAGUGGGUACGAACAGGUUCAACCUUUCACUGUACAGAACAGAGCUCUGGUUUUAAACAGUGCUUUGCCACCAGGUACUGCACAGAUUCCAGUGGCUUUUUAAACCACGCCAAGCCCACAGCCAUGACUUGACUGCUCCAUUAAUGUUCAAUGCAUUGCACACAACAAACUCAAAUGUGUUUUAUACUUCACUGUUAUCAUGGGCUGCUCACAGCACAUGGAUGUGAAUGUUGUCAGCAAAUAAAAUAAACAUCAAAUAAAAGUUGUAUGCAAAAGAGUUUAAA